AUGUCACAGCAGCAGUGGGGUGUGACACCUCCGAUCUCGACUGCUGGUCCAACCGCUGAGGAGAACCAGCUGAACGAUGGGAUGAUUGAGGAGUUGAGGGCUCAGGGCUCGUUCGAAAGUGACGCUGAGAGCAAGAAGAGAGUUCAAGUGUUGAAUGUGUUGCAGCAAUUAACUCUGGAAUUUGUAUACACCGUUUCCAAGAGGAAAAACAUGAGUGAAGGAAUGGCCAAAGAUGCUGGUGGAAAGAUAUUCACCUAUGGAUCAUACAGACUAGGAGUAUACGGGCCCGGUUCGGAUAUCGACACCUUGGUGGUCGUUCCCAAGCAUGUGACCAGAGAGGAUUUCUUCCUUGUUUUUGACGAGAUUUUGAGAAAGAGACCGGAAUUGAACAAGAUUCAGCCUGUACCAGAUGCAUUCAUGCCGAUCCUGAAGAUAGUCUUUGAUGGAAUCGAUAUCGAUUUGAAUUUUGGAAGAUUGGAUAUUCCACAGGUACCAUUGAAUUUGACUCUUCGUGAUAAAAAUCUGCUGAGAAACAUCGACGAGAAGGACCUGAGAGCACUGAAUGGAACCAGAGUGACCGACGACAUUCUGGAGUUGGUUCCAAAAAGAACUGUUUUCAGACAUGCCCUGAGAACCAUAAAGUUAUGGGCCCAGAGACGUGCUAUUUAUGCCAAUAUGUUUGGAUUUCCAGGUGGUGUGGCAUGGGCCAUGUUAGUAGCGAGAAUAUGUCAACUGUAUCCCAACGCGGUGAGUGCUGUUGUGGUGGCCAAGUUCUUCACCAUUCUAACUCAAUGGAACUGGCCCCAGCCAGUUCUGCUAAAACCAAUAGAGGAUGGCCCGCUGCAGGUCAGGGUGUGGAAUCCAAAGCUGUAUGCUAACGAUAGAGGCCAUAGGAUGCCGGUCAUUACUCCUGCGUACCCAUCCAUGUGCGCUACGCAUAAUAUCACCGCGUCUACUCAAAAGGUCAUUUUGGAGGAGUUGAAGAGAGGAGCAGAGCUGAUGUCGGAGAUACAGCGGGGGACCAAGAAAUGGGUUGAUCUUUUCCAAAAACAUGAUUUUUUCUACAGAUACAAGUUUUACUUGACGAUUGUGACUGGCACCAAGGGCACCUAUGAAGACCAUUUGAAGUGGAGUGGAUUCGUCGAGUCUAGACUGAGAUUCCUCGUUCAGAAGCUGGAGGUUGUGGAGGGAAUUGCCCUGGCGCAUCCUUAUGUGAAGGCUUUCACCAAGUCCUAUGAGUGUGCCAAUGAAGAUGAGGCGAAUAAGAUCAAGCAGUUGUACGGAACCCUGGAAGGAGAAGAAUUUGCGAAGGGUCUCAAAGAGUUGGACGAAGACAUUCUGGCAGCUCAAGAAGAAGCCAAAAAGACAGAUGAUGGAGACCAUGAUGUUGAUGCUGCGGACAACGACAAGGAGGCCGACGGAAAGGUUGUUGUUCAUCUCAUGAAGCUCUACAUUGGCUUGAAAAUUGAGCUGAAAGGAAAACAGAAGAAGAUGGACAUCCAGCAGCCAUGCACGGAUUUCAACACGAUUUGCUCGAGCGGGGCACAGUUUGACGAGAUGAAAAACGCCAUCUCGAUAAAACAUGUCAAGCUAUAUGAUCUGCCUAACGAUGUGUAUACCGAGGAGGAGGUCAGACCAGUUAAGGAGAAGACCAAAAAGAGGAAAAACGAGAAGAUGUUGGAUGGCACCAAGAAAGCCAAAAGCAGUCCAGCACCAGCCGUUGGUGCAUGA